AUGUCGAGCGCGACGGUGCGACGCGAACGCGAGGAUGGCGAAGACGCGACGAGGGACGACGGGGCGGCGGUGAAGCGCGCGAGGGCGGACGACGCGGCGAGCGACGGACGCGCGGCGGUCGAGGUGGCGGUGGAUCGGUUCGGGAGGCGCGUGCGCGCGGGCGAUCGGUUGGAGGUGCAGUGGGAGGUGGAACCGGGACGGGGGGAGGGGGGCGAGGACGGCGAGGCGCGAGACGAGGACGAAACCGAAGUCGCGGUGACGUGGUGGCCGUGCGUCGUGUGCGAAGGGGACGCGGAGGGGGAGGCGAAGGCGGGGACGGCGUUCGCGUUGUUGUACGACGCGCGGGAUGGGUUCGAGGCGGAAUUGCGGAAGGUGUCGUUUCUGAGCGGAGAGGCGCGCGAGCUGACGCACGCCGACGAGGACGGGGUGUUUCGUUGGCGACGCGAGGGCGACGACGAUGACGAUGACGACGAGUGCGAGGGCGAUGGGUGCGGCGCGGACGUACCGACGACGAUGCGGGAGAUAUUGGAGGCGCAAGGUGCGCUCGAUGCGGCGAGUGGAGAGAGUUUGGAAAACGCCUCGAUGGCGGCGUUCGCCACGCUUCCGAUGAAUCAGCAGAUGAACAUGGCGAGCGCGUUCGCCGGGUUCAAGGAUAAGCUCAUGCAGAGACUGUCCGGUUUGGCUGCGCAAAAGGGCGCCGAUGGCGUCGUUACGAAGGAUGAUAUCGAAAACAUCCUGAGCGAUAUCAGGAACGAAUGA